AUGGAACUAAAUGAAACGACACUAUCAAUGACAAUAAUGAAUGAUGAGUCAUUUAAUAGAAAUAUUCGUUUAACUAAUUUGACUCUUUCCUCUGCUGGUAUUGUAUGUAAUUUCAUUUUAUUGAUUAUACUUUUAAUACUUGAUCGUCAUCAAUGUACAACAUAUUUUUUAUUAAUAUUAAUGACAAUAUGUGAUUUUCUUUAUUGUACCGUUUAUGCAAGUAUUUUAUUAACUAUUGAAAAUUAUUUCAAUAUAAUAAAUCAUCAAAUAUUAUGUCCAUUAUCAUUCUUUUUAACACCAUUUACAUUUACAGGAUCAACAUUAUUAUUAUUUAUUUGUCUUUUACAUUUAAUUACCAAUUAUAAACGUAAAUAUAAUACUAUUUUAGGUCAAAUUGGUGGACGUUUAUCAGUUGUAUUUGUUUUUGCAUUUAUUAUUAUUCGAAGUGUACUUGGUUCAACAUCUAUUGAAUUAAUGUCUGAUUCCAUAAUGCCACAAAUUCAACAUUGUACUAUUGAUAUGAAUACACCAGAAAUUGUGACUAAAGUCCAAAAUAUAGUACAUAUUUUUGCUGAAGUAACGGAUAUACUUGUUUAUAUUGGUUGGAUUGCUAUUUUAUUUAUUUAUUUUAUGUCAUUAAUUAAAAAUAAGAUAUUAAAAAAACAAAAUGGAAUAAAUCAAAAAUCAGAUCGAUUUGUCUCUUUUCUAUCGAUUCGAAGAAAACAAGAAGGAAAUUUAAAUUCCACUAAUGAACAAAGAUUAACAAAUAAAGAACGACAUAAUAAUGUAUCAUUAAUUAUACUUCUAAUAAGUUUAUUAUCAAUAUUAUUUUAUUUACCUGUUAUGAUAAAUAAAUUUAUAACAAUGACUUUAAUUUAUCAAGGCAAAACAUUUUUAAAUGAUCAACAAAUUUAUUAUUUACAAGUCAUACAACAAACAACACAUUUAUUUUGUUUAACAAUAAGAUUUAUUCCAUAUGGUUUAUUUGAUAAACGUAUACGUUCAUCGAUUCAUCAUUUAAUUGGAAUGAAAAUUCAAAAAAUAAAAUUAACAAAAAAGACAAAAUAUCAACAAACAUAUAUUUGCCAUUGUCAAUGUUCUCGUCGUCAACAAUCUUUAGAAUUAAAUACAAUUUGA